AUGGCGACGUCGACACACAAAGCCGUGCGGACGCACCUCCUCGCCGCGAAGACCGCGCUCGCGAGCGGCGACCACGCCGCGGCGACCGCGGCGACCGCCGCGGCGAUAGACGUCGACGCCGACUCCUACGACGCGUGGACCUUCGACGGCAAAGCGCGAUUCGCCGCCGGCGACGCGUCGGCGGCGCUCGCGUCGUAUCGCGCCGCGACCGCGCUCGACGCGUCGCACCCGGCGGCGUGGCGAGGAACGCUCGAGGCCGCGGGCGCGCUCGGCGACGCGGUACUCGAGCUCGAGGCGUGCGCGGCGCUGCUCGCGAUGCCGCCGGACGACAAGAAGGGCGCAAUAACCGACGAACGACGGCUCGAGUGGACGCUCCGAAGAGCGCGCGCGGCGACGAGAGCGCGCCGACACGCGGACGCGAUCGACGCGUGGAACGAGCUCCUGUGUUGGCCGGGGGAGACGCGAUUGACGGAGGAGCUCGGGAGGCUCGCGCUCGUCGGUCGCGCGGCGUGCGCGGCGCGACUGGACGCGGCGGCGAGGGCGGCGGCGGGCGACGCGGCGGAAAGGGCGGCGGCGCCGGGGACGAGGCACCGCGCGCGUACCACCGCGGAGGGACGCCACGACGCGGCGUGCAACGACGCGCUGGACGCGUCGCUCGAGGAUCUGAGUGACGCGCGCGUCGACGCGCGCGACGUCGACGCGGGCGACCUGUUCACGGCGUCGGAGCUCGACGCGUUGACGACGGCGGCGUUGACCCGCGCGGCGGCGCGCGCGACGCACGGACCGACGCCCGCGGACGCCGCGAUCGAGCUUCUCGGCGAGUGCGAGCGCGUCCUCGCGCGUCGUCGCGGCGACGGCGACGGCGACGGCGCCGUCGCGCGCGCGGUCCGCGCCGCCGCGCUCGAGGCUGCCGCGGCGUUGGACCUCGGUUUAGGCCCGGAGGAGGCCGGGUGGACGGAAUCGCCGUCGGUCUCGACGACGCGGGACGCGGCGUCGGAGGACGCGCUGGUAUCCCGCGUACGCGCGUUGGUUCAGUCGCCGUCGACGCCGCCGCCCGACGAGGGCGCGGGCGUGGACGUCGUCGACGCCGUCGCCGCCGCGUGGACGCGUCUGUGCGACCACGGAAGGACCGGCGACGUGAUGAACGUCCCCGGAUCUGAACGCGCGACGACGGCGGGAACGCUCGCGGGCGCCGCCGCCGCGGCGCUCGAAGACGCGCUCGUCGCCGCCGAGGCGGAGAUCGACGGCGCGGACGCCGCGGCGACGACGAUCACGACCGCGUCCUCCGACGCCGCCGCCGCCGCGACGGACGCGCCGCGCGUCGCGCUCGGACGCGCCGCGCUCGCGCUCGGUUUCGGCGCGGCGGCCGAAGCGUCUGCGAUGCGCGGCGACGCGCUCGCGUCGCUCGACGCCGCGAAGCGCGGGUUGCGAGCGAUACGCGCGGUUCGCGCGUCGGGCGACCCCUCGACGCCGUCGCCGCGGAUGCCGCGUCUCGAGCGGCGGCUCAAGUUGGUCGCCGCGGAGGCGUUGGCUCGCGUCACGCGGUUUGACGAAGCGCGAGCCGCGUUCGCCGCGCUCGAUCCGACAAAGUCGCCGAGGGCGUCGCGCGGGCUCGCGUCGACUUUCGCGAAGGACGACGACGAGGCGUUCAUAGCCGUUCAGAACGCCGCGGCGAUCGCGCCCGAGGCGCCGCGCGCGUUGGCGUCGUUCGCCGCCGCGCUCGUCCACCGCGGCGACGUCGCGUCCGCGGCGGAGCACCUCGAGCGCGCGUGUCUCCUCGUCGCGCCGGACGGGAACGAGAGAGCGCUCCCGCCGGACAUCGCGUGCGCGUUGGGCAUCGCGCGGUGGCGCGGUCGCGGUCGCGGCGGCGGCGACGCCGCCGCCGCCGCCGCCGCGCGCGGUCGAGGCAGCGCGCACGCGGCGCUCCUCGCCGCCGCCGCGGCGACGGGGGCGACGCAAGCGACCGCCUUCGCGCAUCUGUCCCUCGUCUACGACGCGUGCGACGACGCGGUGCGCGCGGAGAAGUGCCGCGCGAAGGCUCUCUCGAUCGACGCGUCCGAGCCCACCGCGGGCGCGAUCGCAGUGGACGCGCUCCUCGUCGGCGCCGGCGACGCGAAACGCGCGCGAAGGAUGUGCGAGGACGCGAUGAAAAGCGCGCCGGGUAAGAGCGCGUGGGCGGCGGUGCGCCUCGCGUCCAUAGCGCACGCGGAAGGCGACCACGAGGCGGCGGUGCGGGCGCUCCAGGCGACGCUGCGCGCGUCUCCGAGAGCGUCGCGCGCGUGGGAGUGUCUCGGCGCGUCGUACGACGCGCUGGGGAGGCACUCCGCCGCGCUCAAGGCGUACGCGCGCGCGAUUGAAACCGCCGCGGACCCCGCGAACGGCGGCGACGGCGGCGAGCAGACGUACGCCGCGGUGCGCUCCGGGGCGCUCCUGCAGCAGAUGGGACGCGCGAGAGACGCGCGAGAGAUGUACGCGAGCGCGCUAUAUGGAGAGGAGGGCCCCGAGGGCGGGCCGGAUGCGACCGCGUACGCGCCGGCGUUGCUCGGUCUCGCGGAGUGCCUGUCGCUCGAGGCUUCCGCCGCCGCGGGCGGCGGCGCGCCGGGACGCGCCGCGGACGCGGCUCGCGCGGCCGCCGCGCACGCGUCGCGCGCGGCCGUCGGCGCCGGCGCGCCGAAACGCACCGCGCUAAAACUCGCCGCGGACGCGAAGCUGACGGAGUCGCGCGUCCGCGACCCGUUCGCGUCGGCGUCGACGUCGGCGCGCGAACGCGGGGAAGCCGCGGCGAUUUCGGCGGCGACGGCGGCGGCGGAGGCGAGGCGUCUGUACGCGCGAUGCGCGCACCUCUCCCCGUGCGACGCGUCCGCGCGCGCGGACGUCGCCGCCGCGUGCGCGUCGGAAUCGUGCGCGAUCGCGGAGAGAGAACGGACGGAGAGCUCCACGGCGGAGGCGAUCGCCGCGGUGGCCGCGGCGGAGCGAACGCUUCGCGCGGCGUUGAGACUCGAUCCCUGCGAUCCGCGGAUUUGGACCGCGCUGGGGACGCUGCCGUCGCCCUCCUCGGGAGGGGCGCCGCGCGCGCCCGAGUACUUCGCGAUGCGAGAGACCGCGCUCUCGCGCGCGGUGACGCUCGACCCGCGGCACGCGCCCGCGUGGAGCGCGCUCGGGAGGCUGUACCUCGACGCGAGUCGCGUCGGCGUCGAAGCCGCCGACGUCGCGUUCUUCCAGUCGCGCGCGGCGAAAGCGCUGGACGCCGCGCGCGCGUCCGACCCGGACUCCGCGAGCGCGUGGGUCGGGACCGCGCUGCUUCGCGCCGCGACGAUAGACGACGCGGAGUGCGCCGGCGCGUUUCGCAUCGCUUCCGACCUCCCGAACGGCGGCGAGGGCGACGUCGGACGCGCGCUCACGGGAGCGGCGAACGGCGCGCGCGACGGCGGCGCGUACGCGAGCGCGCGCCGGGCUCGAGAGGCGCGUCCGGUCGACGCGGUCGCCGCGGUCGCGCUCGGGGUCGCGUCUGAGGUUCGAGGGCUCGCGCGCGAGGCGACGCGCGCGUUCGAGGACGCGAUCGAGCUCUGCGACGAGCGCGGCGGCGGCGGCGGCGAUUUCGAGAGCGAACGCGAAUGCGAAAUCGUUCGCGCGGCGGCGGCGGACGGGCUCGCGCGCUGCGCCGCUCGUCUCGUCGGCGCGACGCCGACCGACGGCGACGCCGACGCCGACGCGUCCGCCGCGAUCGCCGCGAUCGCGCGCGUCGCCGAAGCGUUCGCGGCGAGCGGACGACCGAGCGUGAGACGCGCGGCGGGCUGCGGCGCGUCCGCCGCGGAGGCGGCGGCGGCGUUUUCGAUCCGCGCCGAGGCGCUUCUCUCGACGCCGUCCGGACCCGACGCCGUCGCCGCGUCUCGAGCGCUGGCGCGCGCGGUGCACCUCGCCCCGGACGACGUCGUCGUCCGCGGCAGCCUCUCGCGCGUCUUGCCCGCGUCGUCGUCGCCGGAGAACGCGUGGACGACCGUACGCGCGGCGGCGCGAUGCGCGCCGCCGACGCGAGCCAAAGCCGCGUCCGCGGCGGCGCGCGCGAAAUCGCGCGGCUGCGACCCGUCCUCGCGAGCGCGCGCGCUUCGCGACGUCGCGGACGCGGCGGCAGCCUCCGCCGCGGCCGCGCUCGCGUCCGCGCCCGGCGGCGCCCACGCGGAGUCGAUCGCGGAAGUAACCGCCAUCGCGAGGGCGUUAUCGCGCGCCGCGCACGUCGCGCCGGACGCGGCGUCCGUCCGCGCGUUGCUCGCGCUCGCGUCCGAGCGGAGACGCGCGACGUCCCUCGGGAGCGACGCGUCGCCGCUCCCGGGAGCGACCGACCGCGAACCUCCGCGGGACUCCGAUCCGAUCGCGAUCGUCCUCGCCGCGGCCGCGGGCGCGGCGUCGCGGGGCGAGAUGGACGCCGCGGAGCGUCUGUGUCGGUUCGCGUCUCGAAGCGCCGCGGAGGCGGGGACGCGCGCGGGGGGCGCGACGCCGCGCGCCGCGUCCGCGGCUCGGUUGCUUCUCGGCGCGGUGCUGAGAGCGCGUGGGGACGCCAAGGCGGCGAAGGAGAGCGGGAAGAUCCUCGCGAGGGUGUGCAGGCCGCCGGCGUUGGGUGGUGCGGGCGGGAGCGUCGCGCGAGCGGCGGCGGCGUUGCGGGGAGAUGGGGAGUAG